GACACUGAGCGUGCGCAGCGCUGAAACGUACGUACGUACGUGUGGUUCGCUAGCUAGCUGCGAAGUUUCAGGAUUUGUCUUACAAUAACGCAUCCUUUCUUUACCAAUUCAGGCUAUAGAGAAAGACGAGCAGACUGGUGGCCGAAGCUGAUUACCAGUUGCAGUCAACAAUAAGAUGUCUUCUCCACUGUACUACAAUCAAGACAGUGUGACUCGCUUCAAGAAGAGAAAAGCCCGCUUCACCUUUAGUGAGGUCCACAUCCUCUUGGAUGAAGUGAGGAAGAAUCGUCAUGUCGUCGUUGGCAAGUUUAACCGCGGCGUGCCGACGGACAUAAAGAAGCACACGUGGGCGGAGAUAACGGCCCGCGUGAACGAGAUCGGGGACUGCCAGCGCGAGGUCAUCGAGGUCAUCAAGAAAUGGUCCGACCUCAAGUGCGACACCAAGCGCAAGGUGGCCGCCAUGCGGUCCGGCGUCGGAAGCCAGAAGAGCUUAAGCGCUCGCGGGUUGCGCGAGCUGACCCCCACGGAGAGCAUCGUGCACCAGAUCCUGGAGAUGGACGCCAAGCGGGACGUGGGCGAGGCGUCCUACGACCACCUGAGGCUGCUGGGAGACAACGGCGAGGGGAUGGAAGAGGAAGAGGAGGAUGACGAGGACAUGGUCGGAAUGCGCCGGUCCCCGAACGGAGGAAUGGACAUGGCCUCGAUGCCAGCCCCGCAUUCCAUGGGGGGCCCAAUGCUCGGUUCCAUGCCUGGAUUAAUGCCUCCGCUCCCUUCGCAUAACACAGACCAGCUGAUGGCCGGUUACAGUGGCUCUUCACGCGACGUAUCACAGCCCUCUUACGAAAUGCAGUACGAGAUUCCUCCGAUGGAAGACACCGACGGCCCUUUCGUGGACUCCGACGACGACCUCCUCCCCUCUGCCAACCUGUCGUCCACCCUCCCAGAGGACCGCCCGGGGAACAGCAGCGCCCACAAGGACUCCAGCAGCAGCGGCGCCCCCAAACCAGCUCCCUCCUCCUCCGCACCCCCUCUCCUUCCUUCCCCCCUCGCCGCUCAACCCCCCCAGAGCUCCCGGGACAGCCUGCUUCAAAACGCCACCCUCAGCGUCCAGGAGCAGCACGCCACCAACGUCCUCCUGGAGACGGUGUCUCGCUCCCUGGAGCUGCUGUCCGAGUCGGUGCAGCAGCUGGCCGAGACGCAGCAGGAGUUUGUGCGCGACUCCCUGCAGCUCCAGAGAGAGACCGUCCAGGUGCUCAGAGACUUCACCAGCGGUGCCCUGGCACUCAUGCACGACAAACUCAACGGGCGCCCGGCGCUAUAGCAAACGAGAGGCAGCAACCUCCCUCCCCCAAUGACUAAAUCUUGCCACGGUUGGGGGAGGGACUUUGAUCCGAUUGGUUGAUCCUUCCGGGGAGUUUUUUCCCACUCCGGGAUUGUCCAGUGCUGCGACAUAUGCUACUGUACUUCCAAGAUGUUUGCCUGAUAGAAUGACUGUUUAAUACACAAAAUAAUUUGACAGGUAAUAUAUAUUGACUUUUGCCUAAAAGAAUUAAGCUUGUUUGGUUAAAUCAAGUGUAGGGUUUGAUAGAGCUUCAAACAAUUUCUUACAUACAGAAAUGGAUCAUGUUUCUCUCAAGCUGUGCUUACAUUUGAAAGCUUCAAGACAAAUUCUACUGGGUUUUAGUGACCAAAUAACAUGUUUGCAUCAGGCCUUUCCAGUUUUUAUAUUUUAUCCUGGUCUACCAUUACUGUAUUCUAUAGUAUGCUACACGUGAGAAAAGGCAGAUUGUGUUUUAGUUUUGAUUCACUUUAGGGAACUUGCAACCACAGCUCUGAGAACUGUAUAUUGACAUCUAUGGAGUGACCUGUAUGUUCUUGACUUAAACACUGUAAAUUACU